AUGGAAGGCCAAACGAAGCGGGAAAUACCAUCGGCGCGCGAAUGCCGACGCGUGCUGUUAAAGACUGAUGCUGUGGUCUUGCCGCUCUUGACGAUUGCCAUGACUUUGGGUUUCCUGGACAAGGCAAGUACUCUUAUUAAUGCCUUGUCAUUCGCGGCUCUCUGGGGCCUCAAGGAGGACACGCAUCUCAUCGGUCAAGAGUACAGCUGGCUCGGCAGCAUCUUCUACUUCGGCUACCUCUUCGCCGAGUUCCCCAACCUGUGGCUUAUCACACGAGUGCCAAUCGGAAAGUACAUCGGUGGGUGUCUAACAGCGUGGGGGGCUACUCUGUGCCUCGUGGCUGUCUGCCACAACUUUGCCGGCGUGGCCACCAUUCGGUUCUUCUUGGGCGCCUUCGAAGCUUGUUUGCUGCCGUGCAUGAUGCUUCUCAAUUCUAUGUGGUAUCGGCGAGAGGAGCAGCCUUUGAGAACUGCCAUCUGGUGCAAUACCCUUGCCGGUGUGUUUGGUGGUAUCUUGGCGUAUGCCAUUGGCAAGAUUGAGGGCCCUUUGGCAACUUGGAAGUACAUAUUCAUCAUUUAUGGGGUCGUGACUGUUGCUAUGGGCAUCGUGACCCUGGCCUUGCUCCCUGAUACUCCAGCAAAUGCCUGGUUCUUGAAGUCUGAGGAGAAGGCUAUUGCAGUUCAGCGACUAGCAGGCAACCAAACAGGCGUAGAAAGAAGCAAAAACUUCAACUUGUCACAGAUUAAAGAAGCCGUGCUCGACCCCAAAUGGAUCAUAUCGUCUCUUGGUGUCUUCGCAUAUUCAGUUACAAACGCCAGCAUCACAAACUUCAAUCCUCUCAUAAUAUCUGGCUACGGUUUCUCUCAGAGCCGAACAGCCUUGCUAGCAACGCCCCAGGCAGCUGUUGCCAUGGUCGCUCAAGCCGGGUUCUCGGCAAUCACUUUUUAUGUACCAAAUCUUCGAUGCCUAUUCUGGGUCCUUUCAGCAUGCCUCGCCAUGGUAGGCGCCAUCAUGGUACACGUCCUCGACGCAGAGCUAUACCGAAAUGUCAGUCUAGCAGGUGUCUAUCUCAUGGGAUUUUACAAUCCUCCCUUUAUUCUAGCCGUGAGCCUACAAACUUCCAACACGUCUGGGACAACUAAGAAGAGUUUCGUGUCUACUUCAAUAGCAGUCUGGUAUGCUCUGGGAAACAUUGUUGGUCCACAGUUCUUCCUCGAAACAGAGGCCCCUCGUUAUCAGACAGGUAUCAUCGCCCUUGUAUGCUCGUUUGCUGCCGUGGCUGUCUGUGGUAUCGCUUAUGGUGCAUUUUGCAUAUUUGAGAACAAGAGGAGAGACCAAAAGUUUGGUGAACCCAGAGAUAUAGUUGAGACUGGGCUGGCUGUUGAAGAGGAAGACUUGACAGAUAUCCAAAACACCAACUUUCGGUACACGCUAUAG